AUGAAGAUUACUGCUAUCGUCUCCGCCGUUCUCCUGGCUGCGGCCCCGGCCUUCGCUGCGGACGAGACCAUCACCUCGACCCAGAUCACCACCAUCACCCGGACCCUGGUGCGCGUCAGCUCCGUGACUCCUACGAGCUCCGCGACCCCCACCGUGAUCCCCACCAGCUCCGCGACUCCCAGCCGCGCUGUCUCCAGCGGCAGGACCUCGACCCCUCUGCCCUCCGGCACCAGCCCCUCUACCCCCGUCCACACGGCGGGCGGCGCCAUCAGCGAGGUCAACAUGCCCAUUGCCCUCGUCGCGGGUUCGCUGGCCAUGGCCCUGGCCUACCUGUAG